CACUUCUCCUUCCUCCUUCCUUCUUCUCUUCUCCAUGACUCCUCCACCCCACCACCGGCCUUGACUUUGCUUGGACUCGCACGCAAGCUUCCUUCACUCGUCGCUGCUCCCGCACUUGCAUGCCUGUUUGCUUUGCAAGUGACGGGAGUGGUGGCACUAGUGACCUCGCGGCCCGGCUAUGUCGUUCUUGGCGGAGGCGGACCGGGUGCGGCUGCGCGCGGCGGCGUUGAGGCUCGACGCGGGCGGGGACAGGGACAAGCCGGACUCGAAGCGGGACGUGUUCGCGGAUCUCAGCUCGCCCGUGUCGCCGCUGCGGAUGCGGGCCACGCCCACGUCCUCCUCCUCCUCCGCCGGCUCCGCCAAGUCGCCCGCCCUCUGCAAUGCGGCGCCGGCGUCCAGGGGCAGCGGCGGCGGCAGGGGCAGCAGCCACUCGGGCGAGCUGCUGCUGCCCGAGACGGCCUGCAGCAGCACCAACAACAACAACCCGCCCAGGCCGCCCGGCCACCGCCGCUCCGGAUCUGGCCCGCUCAUCUUCUCCGGCGGCAGCAGCGGCGGCUCGGGCUCGGGCGGGUGCGGCGGCGUCGGGAGCACCGCCACCAGCUCUCCGCUCGCCAAUGCGCUGCCCGCCGGCAACAUCUGCUCGUCCGGCCGCGUGGCCGCGUCCGCCGCGCCCAGGCCGCGCGCCCGCCCGGACGUGCUCGGAUCCGGCACGGGCCACUACGGCCACGGCAGCAUCAUGCGCGGCGCCGGAAUGGCGCCCGCCAGAGGCAGCAUUGACACUGGCAGCUCCUCCGCGAGGUCUCCGGCCCCGGACACCCUGCAGGAGGUGACCCGGGCCGGGAACGAGUGGUACAAAAAGGGCCGCUACGGCGACGCGCUGCGGCACUACGACCGGGCCCUGGCGCUCUGCCCGGACAGCGCCGCGUGCCGCGGCAACCGCGCCGCCGCGCUCGCCGGGCUCGGCCGGCUCGCCGAGGCGCUCCGGGAGUGCGAGGAGGCCGUCCGGCUCGACCCGGCCAGCGGCCGCGCGCACGCCCGCCUCGCCGCGCUCUGCCUCCGGUUUGGGAUGGUUGAGAAGGCAAGGAGGCAGCUUACGCUGGCCGGGAAUGUGAAUCUGGCCGACCCUGCUGAGUGGCAGAAGCUAAAUGAGGUGGAGAGCCAUUUGGGUAAGUGCAUCGAUGCGAGGAGGGUCGGAGACUGGAAGAGCGCACUGCGGGAAGCUGACGCCGCCAUUACCAACGGAGCGGACGCUUCUCAGUUGCUCCUCGCAUUGAGGUCUGAAGCACUUCUCCGGCUCAACAAGCUAGAGGAGGCUGAUUCAACUAUUACAAAUUUGCUGAAAUUGGACAGUGCAUCUCUAUCUUCAAUGUCCACGAAACUGUCAGGCAUGGUAGCUGAUUCAUAUGUACAUGUUGUCCAAGCCCAGGUCAACAUGGCAUUUGGAAGGUUUGAUGCAGCUGUUGGCAUGGCUGAGAAGGCCAGACUUAUUGAUCCUGGAAAUGCAGAGGUUGGAUUGGUUCUGAAUAACAUGAAGUUAGUAGCACGGGCUCGAGCUCAUGGGAAUGACCUCUUUAAGGCAGGCAAGUUUGCCGAGGCAUCUAUAGCCUAUGGCGAAGGGCUGAAAUAUGAACCCUCAAAUCCAGUAUUGUACUGCAAUAGAGCAGCUUGCUGGUCGAAGUUAGGUCGGUGGUCAAAAUCUGUUGAGGAUUGCAAUGAGGCGCUAAGAAUCCAACCAAACUACACAAAAGCUCUUCUGAGACGUGCAGCAUCCUACGCAAAGCUUGAGCGAUGGGCUGAUUGUGUACGAGACUAUGAGGUGCUUCACAAGGAGCUUCCUGCCGACACGGAGGUUGCAGAAUCAUUGUUCCAGGCCCAAGUCGCAUUAAAGACAACCCGUGGCGAGGAGGUAUCCAAUAUGAAGUUCGGUGGAGAGGUUGAGACAGUUACCAGCUUAGAGCAAGUCCGAGCUGCUAUACAUUCACCUGGGGUAACUGUUCUUUACUUCAUGGCAACAAUGAAUCAGCAGUGCGCACAGAUUACCCCAUCAGUGGAUGCCCUUUGUUCCGAGUGCCCUUCUGUGAAUUUUCUGAAGGUAAAUGUUGAAGACAGCCCUACUAUAGCAAAGGCAGAGAACGUGCGCAUAGUCCCGACGUUCAAGAUAUACAAGGAUGGCGCACGGGUGAAGGAGAUGAUCUGCCCUAGCUUCCACGUUUUACGUUAUUCAGUGAGGCACUACGCUGUCUCCAAUUCGUGAGGUCUUACUAGUGGUACCCAUAUUCAUUUGAUGCAUAGAGUCUCCCCGUCCAUUGCCGACAUUUACCGACAAAUUUAUUCUAUAGAAUCACCCCCCCCCCCC